AUGGAAGCAAGCGCUACGGCCUGGGAGUUGGACAGCGAUGAGAUCGCAUCUAUCGCCUCUGAGGACUUGCACGAACAUAGACCGAAUCGUUGGACGGGGGCUAAAUCGACAUGGCGCACUCUGACGGAAGAGGACAGGCUUCUCUGGCAAUCAAUGAAGCAGAUUCAAGAUCAGGAUCUCGCGGUGCAUUUAUACAAUGCUUUUGCGCUAAAGCGGCGAGGCCGAAAUCCAGAGACAGCACAGGAUUUAGUCGUCAAAACAGAAUCUGGUGAAGAAGGUGUUUGGGCGCCACCUAAGGCAUGGACUGCAUGGCCACUCAAACAUAAACAUGUGCCCAAGGAGCGCUUCACCAACGAACAGCACGACGAAGAUGACCAUUUCACAUUCCGUAGAAAUGAAGAGAUACUCCCCAGUACUGAGCUCGAGGAAGAAAUAUCUGCUACUAUAUUGAGAACUGCCAAGCGUCGGUUUCGCAGGAGGAAGAUCAAGAUGGCCAAACCGUCCAUCGAAGAUGAGUCCACGCCUGUCCAUAACGAGAGCGGUAACAGCACACCUGAUCCUUUGUCACGCGAGUCUUCUACCAGGCCCGACAAUGAUGAAGACAAAAAAGAGGAUGAAGACGAAAAGAUGGCUGUCGAUGAAGAAGAUGGUCGGCGUAUACGACGUAAUCCCAAAACUUAUGAACCAGUCGAGUCUACCAACGACGAGGCAUCCUAUGCCCUCUUACGCAUGAAUUAUCUCUCUGAUUCUUCAACUGAAGAGGAGUCAGAUAACCAUAGCCAGAGUGGGCAAAAGAGGUCUCGCGGUCGUCCGCGAAAAAAUCUACAUGAGGUUGACACAUCUGCCUCUACCUCACCAUCAGGAGCUGGUAAGCCCAGCAGAAGAGGUCGUCCCCGAAAAGUCCAUGUCCCUCGCGCUGGAGAAUCACAUGAAGAGAUGCUUCAGCGUGUUGCUCGUGAAUCUCAUCGAAAGAUCCCCUCGACGCUUGAAGACAGAGACGCAGCUUUUGAGGAGUGGAUCCGCAAAGGUGACGAGAUCAUUGAGCGAGAGCGAUCACGAUCUCUAUCGUUGAAGCGAGCGACUUCUCAAGGAGAAGAGACGGAGGAGGAAUUAGUACCGGGAACAAACGUUGAAAGGAAGCUCUUAAGAUGGGGACUGCGUGAUUGGAGCGAUGUGCUGGGCGCAGCUGCUAUAGCAGGCUUCUCAGGCGAUGUCAUUGCGAGAGCAACACGAAGAUGUGCUGAUUUGUUUGGCGAAGGAAUGGUAGUGAGGACGCUGAACGAAGUGCCUGCCACUAAUGAUAAAGGCACCACUUCCGUCGAGUAUCGCCCUGAGCCUAUCCAGCUAUCUUACUCGGAUGAAGAAGCCGAUGACGAAAGCGAUGAUGCCGCAGAUCUCAUACAGCGCCGUAUCGCAUCUCGCCAAGCCUCUCUCGCAUACUCAAGUCGCAGCCCAGACUCCGUUAGAAGCCCCAGCCGUCACUCAACACGCUCUCCAGGGCCAUCAUCAGCCGUCCGGUCUCCAAGCUCCCGCUCCCGCUCCAACUCUGCAGGUGGAAUGUUAUUUUGCCCAAUUCCCUCAUGCGACCGCGCAGCACAGGGUUUCGCACGCAAAGCAAACCUCCGACGCCAUAUGGAGCUUAUACACCAGGGACAGACGGAAGAGCUGGACAGUGACGAGGAGGUUGCAGGUGGUGUGCAUGUGGAUGGCUUCCUCAAGCCUAUUGUGCCAGGAAGGGGCUGGAGAGGCGAGGACACUAUUCAGAGGAAGAGGAAGAGAUUCUACGGAGAUAAUCCUGGGAUGAGCCGUGAGACGAGUUAUGACGAAGAGAAUUUGUCCUCAUGA